AUGGUUGCAGACGCUCUGGUUUAUCACCCUGCCUUGGCGCACUAUCUGCGCUUUGUGGCUACAACAGUCGGUCGUGACAAGCUUCUUCGCACCCUUCAAUACUUCUCGCGCUUCUAUGCCUGGUAUCUGUACCGCACCAACCAGCCGCAAACCGCGAUUGCCCCGUACAAUGCAGUCAAGAAGCAGUUCGGAACAACACGAAAGAUUCUGAGGAUUGGAAAGUUCAUUGAACAUCUCAAGGCUGCCGCUCUUGCAGCUGACAACAAGGGUCCCAUCGAUCCCGUCCUGCGAUACUUGGCUAUCGGUCGCCAGCUCGGUUAUGCCGGUUACCUGUCCCUCGACACAGUCACAGUCGUCGACGUGAUCGGCUUCCGGAAACUUGCGAGUGUCAAACGCCUGCAAGACUCUGCUUAUCGCGCCUGGUUCUCCGGACUGGCCUGCAGCGUGCUCGCGGGUGUCUAUACCCUAUGGAGGCUGAGCCAGAAGCAGAAGACCCUGGAUUUGAAGGAGGGUGAAGGAGUCGUGGAGGCGAAGAAGCUCGAGAAGGAACGCUCGGCAGCCCGCAUCCAACUUAUCUCCGACCUUUGCGACUUGACGGUUCCCGUUUCAGCUAUCGGGCUCGCAAACCUCGACGAUGGCCUUGUGGGCAUCGCUGGUACAAUCAGCAGUUUGAUCGGUGUGUGGAGUCAAUGGCGAAAGACCGCUUAAACACCCAUCGAAAUGAGUGGCUAGAGAUAGCCUUGUGAUGACUGGCUUCUAAACUGGUUCCUGGGGUGUAUUUUCCGUCGGCGUCAAAAUAUUCACGUCGCUAGUGCUAGAGGGGAUGCACCUGGGAUAGCCUGCUCUGCUUGCACAAAUGCUUGGAAGGAGGAAUAGGCGCGUGGCACCAGAAAAACUGGUUCGUUAGUCACUUCUAGCUCGAUCUCAACCGUUUUUUGUCUGGACAGUGCCCUAG